AUUGGCUGUCGCUGGGGUUCGGCGACGCUGAUUGGUUGCUGCCUGUUUCCGGGGCUCCAUUCCAUUAGUGACGUUUUCCCAGUCGCCGUGAGACAGAUUGGGGAGAAUGGCUGCCAGUGGAGACAUAGGAAAGCUGUUACAAGUACAGAAUGGGACUCCAGCAAGCACAAGCUACAACGGGGUAGAUGCCCUACAUGCCUGUAACAUCCUCCAACAGCUUAAAGCCUUGUACGACGAAGCUCAGCUGACUGACAUUGUCGUGGAAGUGGACCAUGGCAAGACAUUUUCUUGUCACAGAAAUGUCCUCGCUGCCAUCAGCCCUUACUUCAGAUCCAUGUUCACAAGUGGCCUUACUGAGAGCAGUCAGCGGGAGGUGCGGAUUGUUGGCGUCGAGUCAGAGUCCAUGCAUUUGGUCCUGGACUAUGCUUACACCUCACGUGUCACUCUCACCGAGUCUAACGUGCAGGCACUGUUCACCGCUGCCAGCAUCUUCCAGAUCCCAGCCCUCCAAGACCAAUGUGCCCAGUUCAUGAUCAGCCGUUUGGACCCUCAGAACUGCAUUGGGGUCUUCAUGUUCGCAGAUGCUUAUGGCCACCAGGAGCUGCGGGAGCGCUCGCAGGAUUACAUCCGCAAGAAGUUCCUGUGCGUGAUGGGAGAGCAGGAGUUCCUUCAUCUGACCAAAGAGCAGCUGGUCAGCAUUCUCAACAGUGACGAUUUGAACGUGGAAAAAGAGGAGCACGUGUACGAAAGCAUUGUGCACUGGCUGGAGUAUGACUGCUCACGUCGGGAGGCAGAUUUACCGGAGGUUUUUGCCAAAUGCAUCCGCUUGCCCCUGCUGGACGAGGCCUUUCUGAGCCGUAUACCCCCAGCCUUCGCCCUGGCCUUGUCCAGGGACUCCUCGGAUAAGGGUCGGCUCAACGGCACCAACGGCUGCCCGCAGCGGCUGGGUAUGACUGCAUCCGAGAUGGUCAUCUGCUUCGACGCGGCUCACAAGCACUCAGGGAAGAAGCAGACCGUGCCUUGCCUGGACAUUGCUGCCGGGAAGGUGUACAAGCUGUGCAAGCCACCUAAUGACCUCAGAGAGGUUGGCAUUUUGGUCUCGUCAGAGAACGACAUCUUCAUCGCUGGAGGCUAUCGGCCAAGCAAUAGCGAGGUGUGCAUCGACCAUCGCGCAGAGAGCGACUUCUGGCAGUACGAACAUGCUGGCAACAGGUGGCUCCCACGAUCGCCCAUGUUGCGGGCGCGCAUCGGCUGCAAACUGGUACACUGCUACGGGAAACUCUACGCUCUGGGUGGUCGAGUGUACGAAGGGGACGGACGAAAUGCUUUGAAAUCCGUGGAGUGCUAUGAUGCCAGGGACAACUGCUGGACGGCGGUCAGUCCCAUGCCGGUGGCCAUGGAGUUCCACAGCAUAGUAGAGUAUAAAGACCGCAUCUAUGUGCUGCAAGGAGAGUACUUCUUCUGUUUUGACCCUCGCAAAGACUACUGGGGGCAUUUACCAUCCAUGAACGUUCCCCGUUCUCAAGGCUUGGCUGCCCUGUACAAAAACUGCAUCUACUACAUAGCAGGCAUCUGCAGGAACCACCAGCGCACGUUUACGGUCGAGGUGUACGACAUCGAGCAGAACACCUGGUGCCGUAAAAGAGACCUCCCGUUUGACCAAGCGACCAGCCCCUACAUCAAGGUGCUCCUGCUUCAGGGCAGACUGCACCUGUUUGUUCGAGCUACACAAGUCAUGGUAGAAGAGCACGUGUUCCGCACCAGCCGCAAGAACUCUCUCUACCAGUACGACGACGAAGCCGACCAAUGGACAAAGGUCUACGAGACGCCGGACCGCCUCUGGGACCUCGGCCGCCAUUUCGAGUGCGUGGUGGCCAAACUAUAUCCUCAGUGUCUUCAGAAAGUGCUGUGAGGAGGGGGAAGAUCAUAUACAACGUGUGCUGUUUGAGACAGCGGAUCAAUAUUUUUGCAGAAGGGGGAUGGUGGUACUGCUCAACACAUGGUGCUGUUUGUGUCCCCGACACCAGAACUGCAGGGGAAGUCUUAAAGCGUUAAAGGUUUCAAUCAAUAAACUCGAGGGUGCUGUUCGGAAAAACGCAGUAUUUUAUGUUCGACAAUUGUGCGCCAAGCACCCACGCAAUCGCUUGUUUUACAGUUAGAAAAGUGAAUCAUAAGUGCAAUUAUCUUUUGUUUUUGUUUCGCAGAUGUCGAGUCGUUUCUGCUCCAUUAUAUCGUUGCUGUUUUGGUUUGGGUUGUUGGCAUGCGUCGUUGGCGAACAUGAGCAGUGUGUCAACAGUUGAGUAAAAUAAAAGAAAAAAAAGUGAAAUGAAUAUAUAAAGCUAUAAAUAUUCAUACGGGUAUGAUGAGCGUUUUGGCUCACUGUUGGUGUGAAUACUGAAUAUUUUUAAAAUGUCAUUUCUUUCAGGUUUUCAAAUAAAUGCGUUGAUCCAUGCCACCUACAAAAAGAUUUGCUUAAGAAUUUAGUUAGAUUAUUAAUGGAAAGUUAUUUGUUUGCCAAGACAGGUGCAUGUACGUAGGUGGCUCUUUUUUACAUUUUUGAUUUUUCUUUUCCUUUUUAAGUCAACCCAUGUGCUAUAACUAUAACAGUUUUAAUUUUCAUUCAGACUCUGCUUUUAUGUUUCGUUGAGCCCAGCUCCCACAUCCAAAUCUAUAUCUUUGCAAUUUCGCAUCACCAGCCAGAUCUUUAGUGAGGUUACAAGAUUUUACUCAGUCUCCAUAUUGGAGAAGAACUAAGGAUACCAGCUUUAUGUGUAGCUGAAAUCAAAAGCGGGCAAUUUGUUGACAGCCAAACACAGCUCAGAUCAGGAGAGGACAUCGAUAGGGUUGGCCAAAAUGUGGAUGCCUACAUUCCACCGUCAUUUGUGACUCUGAAACCUGCAGGUGAGGUUGGAGUAUAGAUGCCUCCAAAAUGCCAAAACGAGUUCAAGGAGUCUUAGCCUGCACCCCACGGCAGCAAUAACAGGCGUUCUGUCAUUGUUCCUUAGAUAAAGUGCAUUAGAAACUUAAGCGAUGAUGUUUCCAUGAAGAAUUCCAGAAAAGUGGCCUUUGUUUUGCCACCGUAGGCUGGUUAACGUUCAGUGAGAUGUGUUGCUAUCCAGGGAUGUUACAGUGCCUGUUCACAUAAAAAAAACAAAACAAGCCCAGGCAUCAGUAAUGGAGUGCGAAAAAGCCGCUCUGACGUCUUACAGUUUGGUUUGCUUCUGCACUACGGUGCUUUGACUUUAGGAAAUCCAGUCCUCCUAUAUUAGCGUUUCCAUGCCCUGUAAAUGAACACUCUCUUUCUUUCUUCCCAUCCCCUCAUCUUCCAGUCUCAAACUAUGGAGAAGAAGAAUUGUUUUUGGUGCUGCUUUUUUGACAAUCUUGUACAGUGAUUUUACAGCCAUUUGUCAUUGCUCGACACUUCCAAAAGUCGUCAGUCUUAUAAGUUAUUGUCUCUCGACGUUCGUUUUGUUUCUCCAGCCUCAUGUUUAUUUCGUCAUGCAGGUUCCUGAUUUUGCACUACAUUAUUUCCUCCCUUGAAAGCGACUCUGUUUUCAGACACAGAGACUGAGGACGUGGUAAACGACGUCUUUAAAUAGGACGGCUGAUGCGCUCUCUCAUGUCGGGCUCUUUGGCGCCCGCGAGGCCCAAGCUUCAUCUGAGGCUUUGGUGAAGGGAGAGGGAUGAGAAAUCGCAUUGGCUUUGGUGCAGUUGCCGCACGUUUCACACACUUGCAUACGCUCAGUAGCACGGGAACCAGAAAUGGACACUUCUCAGGAUUAUUGUCGAUACACAGUACUGUAUUUAAAUGGUUUGUUGUAUGUGUAAUAUACUGUACCAUAUGUUUGCUGUACUUGCACAGUUUUUUUGUUUUUGUUUUUUGUCCUUUAUUUCUAACUUGAAAAAUAGAUGUUUUUUGUUUUGUUUUUCCUCCUUUCGGAUGGGUGUGUGUGUUAUUUUUCUUUCUAGUUUUAAUAUUUACUCUUAGGUUUGUUAGAGUUUUUGAUUUUCCUCUGUUAAAAAAAAUUGUGAAUCACAAAACAUGGACAUUAACAUAAGCAUUUUCUUUUUUUUUUCCUCAGUGUGUUCUUUUGUUUCUUAGUGGUUGCGUCAGUCUUAAGGAAUACAAAGCAUUACAGAAAAUAAGUUAUGGCAGUGCUAUUUUCCAAAGCACCAGUCUGUCUAGAUGUUGAAAGCUUUGAAAGAAUUUAUAAAUUAUACUUUUGUGUUGUUGGCUGCUGCAGGUGUGAAUGCUCUACAGCCAGUUCUUUCAUUUGUCACGGCUUGCAGUUAAUUUAUCCUCAGACAUUAAAACAGUGUUUUAUUUUC